GUAUACAUUGCACCUUGCUCUGACAAGUAAACUCUUAAAUACCUGACUUUCAAAGUUUCAAACAAACAUUUAUCCAUUUUUUUUUUUAUCUUAAUUUUUUUAUAGAAAUAUUAUUUCUAGUUAAGUCAACAAUAACAACAACAACUGAGUGAUCAACAAUUUGCCAUAAUAUUUACAAAAAAAAAUAGCACAUUCAAUUUAUAAAUAAACAAAAGUCAAAUUUAUUUAUAAUUUUUUUUAUCAAUAAAUAAAUAAAUUUAAUUUAAUCGAAAAAAAAAAAAAUGAUAAUUUCGUAACAACAAUACUUUCUUUUUUUUUUUUUUUUUUGUAUUUUAUUUAUGGAAUAAUAAUACAAAUUAUUUACACAAUAUAAUAACAAUAAAAAAUAAAAAUAUACAUAUAUCCCGUGAUCUGAUUUGCAAGUAUAUGUGCUCCAAAUACAUUGAGGUGUUUUUUUUUAUUUUUUAUUUGGAGCAUGGCGUUUCGAAAUAAUUUUUAAGUGACGUACAUUGACUUUCCUUCGACAAGUGAGAGUAAAUGAGGGAACCAAAAGAUAGUUAGAGGGACAAAAUAAUGCCUGAUGUUGAAGUUGAUGGUGGAAGUGGGGAUAACGAGGUCGACUCAAAUUCCUCAGCAAAAAUUGAACCUGGUGAAUCAUCAAAUAAUAAAGAGGACGAAACACAUGAUCCUGAUAACGAUACUGGACUUAAUACAAAUUAUGACAGUGGUGAUGGAGCUAGUUCUGUAUUCAGAUGUGAUAAAUGUGAUAAUUAUGAAACAAUGAAUAAAACAGCAUUUUGUACACAUCAAGAAAAAUGUACAUCAAAUAUUGAAGGUCGUGAAAGUACUGAAGGUAUGGAAAAUAACGAUAAUUAUAAUGAUGCUGAUGAUAGUCAAUCUGGACAUCGUUCACAUAGAAAAAUGUUUGAAUGUGAUGUUUGUAAUAUGAAAUUUUCAAAUGGUGCAAAUAUGCGACGUCACAAGAUGCGACAUACUGGUGUUAAGCCAUAUGAAUGUCGAGUAUGUCAAAAAAGAUUUUUUCGUAAAGAUCAUCUUGCUGAACAUUUUACAACUCAUUCAAAAACAUUGCCAUAUCAUUGUCCAAUUUGUAAUCGAGGUUUUCAAAGACAAAUUGCAAUGAGGGCACACUUUCAAAAUGAACAUGUUGGUCAACAUGAUAUGGUUAAAUCAUGUCCACUAUGUAACUAUCGUGCAGCAACAAUGAAAUGUUUAAGAUUACAUUUUUUUAAUAGACAUGGAAUAGAUCUUGAUAAUCCAGGACCAAAUAGUUCAACAUCAUUGAUAAAUAGUUGUACAUCAGGUGAAGCAAUGCCAUCAGCAACAUUAUCAGACAGUGGUGAUAGUACUGGUAAUCGUUCAGCUGAUAAUGCAACACCACCAAUGCAUUUUUUAACACCACAUGUUGAAAUAUCAAUACCAUAUACUGAACAUAAUGACGGACAACGUAAUUCAAGUCCAGUACAAUUAAAUGGUGAUGAUCCAAAUUCACCACAAAGUACUGAUAGCAAUAGUAAUGCACCAAGUAGUAGUCAUCAUCAAUUGCCAAUAAACAGUACAACAAUUCAUCGUAUUGGUGGCAAUGAGGAUUCAAUAACACCAUCAAUAUCAUUAAUACCAAUAAAACAAGAACCAAAUAGUAAUGGUCAUGAAGAUAAUUCAGCAACAUCAAGCAAUCAUUUGUUACCAUCAUUAAUUAAGGUAUCACCAUUAAAAUCUUUACUUCGUGAUGAUUUACGACGUAAAUUAACAAACACUAGUAAUAAUAAUAAUAAUAGUAAUAGUAAUAAUUGUAAUAAUAAUACAAAUGGUAUUGUAACGGGUAAUUUACGUGGUGAACCAGCAACAUCAACGAGGCCGGAUCCUCGUACAAGUGGUUUACAAUGUACAUAUUGCAGAAUAACAUUUCCCGAUCAGACAUUGUAUUUUUUACACAAGGGUUGUCACAGUGAUAGUAAUCCUUGGAAAUGUAAUAUUUGUGGUGAACAAUGCUGUAAUUUGUAUCAAUUUAAUUCGCAUUUAUUGAGCAAAAGUCAUCAGUGAACAAAAAAAAAAUAAUUGAUUAUUUUUUAACACUUUAAUAUCAUUGAGCGCAGCUUAUUGCUGUUUGAAUAUUGUGCCUUUUUGAUAGAAAAAAAAUAAUACUAAAAUUUAAUUAUUGCCAACAUUCACAUACACAAUUGUCCAUCGUGAUUAUUUCACCGUAAAUUUUCAUU